UAUAGAUGAACUACUACGGACAGUUGCUAAUGGUACAAAAAUGUUACCUAAUGGAAAACCCACAGGAGAAGUAAACCUUGAAAUUGCUGAAGUGAAACUUAUUCGUGGAAAUUGUUUUAGGCUGGUUGAAGAAAGUAUGUUGGAUGAAGAAACUGAUCAAAUGACAAACGAAUUAAGAUUAUAUUAUAAUCUCGAUAAUUCUAAAUUAUUGCAUGGUAACGAGUGUCAAUUUGUUGUUAUACCAGAUGAAAUGGGAUUAUUUGUAAAGAAACUAUUUAAUGUGUAUCCAUCAUAUAUUAAAGUAUCUGACUUAUGCGAUGACAACGAACAGGUUAAUAUUAAGUUGCAAAUAAAAAUCAUAUAAAUGAGUGAA